GGGCGCCGCCAGGAGCAGCCGCCGCAGCCCGAGAGGAGGCGCAGGGCUUCCAUGCAAGACAAAGGAAUGAAGCUUACCUUGGUAACCGACAAAGAAAAAAAGAUUGGCAUGACAGAGAGGCUAUAAAGAAUGAUUUGCAGAGAACAGGAAAUGGAGAACAAGGAAAACCAUAUCCUAUGACUGAUGUUGAGCAAGUGGACCAGGCAUACAGGGAAAAUGGUUUUAAUAUUUUUGUGAGUGAUAAAAUUUCUUUAAACCGUUCUCUACCAGAUAUACGACAUCCAAACUGCAAUACCAAGAUAUAUCUGGAGCAACUUCCCAAUACCAGUAUAAUAAUCCCAUUCCACAAUGAAGGAUGGUCCUCACUUCUUCGAACAGUGCAUAGUGUUCUCAAUCGCUCUCCUCCUGAACUGAUAGCUGAGAUUGUGCUGGUGGAUGAUUUCAGUGACAGAGAGCAUCUCAAAAAGCGCUUGGAGGAUUAUAUGGCCCAUUUUCCGAAAGUUAGGAUUCUUCGAACUAAGAAGAGAGAAGGGCUAAUAAGAACUCGAAUGCUCGGAGCUUCUGCAGCAAUAGGAGAUGUUAUUACCUUCUUAGAUUCCCACUGUGAAGCAAAUGUGAACUGGUUGCCACCCCUUCUAGACCGCAUUGCUCGAAAUCGCAAAACUAUUGUUUGUCCAAUGAUUGAUGUCAUUGAUCAUGACCAUUUUGGCUAUGAAACACAAGCUGGAGAUGCAAUGCGAGGAGCAUUUGACUGGGAGAUGUAUUAUAAGCGAAUCCCAAUUCCUCCUGAAUUACAGAAACCUGAUCCCAGUGACCCUUUUGAGUCUCCAGUUAUGGCUGGAGGAUUGUUUGCAGUUGAUAGAAGAUGGUUCUGGGAACUUGGAGGAUAUGAUGCAGGACUGGAAAUCUGGGGAGGAGAGCAGUAUGAAAUAUCAUUUAAGGUCUGGAUGUGUGGAGGUCGCAUGGAAGAUAUACCUUGUUCUCGAGUUGGCCACAUUUAUAGAAAAUAUGUCCCUUAUAAGGUUCCAACAGGAGUCAGUUUAGCUAGGAACCUGAAACGGGUGGCUGAAGUGUGGAUGGACGAAUAUGCAGAAUACAUUUAUCAAAGGAGACCCGAAUAUCGACAUCUGUCUGCGGGGGAUGUGACUGCUCAGAAAGAACUUCGAAUUAAACUUAACUGUAAAAAUUUCAAGUGGUUUAUGCAUGAAGUUGCUUGGGACUUGGGAAAGUUUUACCCACCUGUAGAACCUCCAGCAGCUGCCUGGGGAGAGAUCCGUAAUGUAGGGACCAGUCUUUGUGUAGAUACAAAGCAUGGGGCUCUAGGUUCACCACUAAGAGUUGAAACCUGUGUGAAAGGUAGAGGAGAAGCUGCUUGGAGCAAUGUGCAGGUAUUCACAUUCAGCUGGCGAGAGGAUAUCCGUCCAGGAGACCCUCAACAUGCAAAGAAAUAUUGCUUUGAUGCUAUUUCCCACAAUAGCCCAGUCACCCUUUAUGACUGUCAUGGAAUGAAAGGAAAUCAGCUAUGGAAAUAUCGAAAAGACAAGACACUUUAUCACCCAGUAAGUGGCAGCUGCAUGGACUGUAAUGAAAGUGAUCGAAAAAUCUUCAUGAACAUGUGCAAUCCUUCAUCUCCAACACAACAAUGGAUAUUUGAACAUACAAAUUCAACAGUCUUGGAAACCUUUAAUAAGAAUCUUGAUCUUUAAAGACAUUAUUUAUAUGUAAAUAUUACAGUCAUACUUUUUACAGGGGAUAUGACAAUUUUUAAAAAAAUAAUUUUUUAAAAAAUGAAAAAGGGAGAAUCUCAGGAGAGAGUGACUAUCAGGCCAGUCUUUACUUUGAUGAUGCUGCAUCUAUGUGUCUGGAUAAUUCAUCCCCAUUAGUAAGAAGUCUAGAAAUCUGCAUUAUUAUAAUUAUAGAUUUGGAAACAGUAACAACCUGUGAAGUAUAUAGAGGGACACAGCUAGAAUUCAAAAAUGAAUCAUGUGAAAAUGUCUUUUAUUCAAGUUUUAAUUAUGCAAUUUCUUUCAUUUUAUUUCCUUUUCCAGUUCUUAGUUAAGAAGCUGCAAGAAUGAAACAUCAUUGAAAAUUUCUAAAUAACUGACAUAACUAAAUAUCAGGAAACAUGUAGAUUACAGUAAAAUGUCAAUUAAGACAAGAAUAACACUAGUAUUCGUGUUAUUCUUGCAUGCCAUAAUUUAUAGUACUAGUAUCAGUAAAUACUGUAGAUCAGAGGUCCCCAACUCCCAAUUCAUGGACCAUUACUGGUCUGCAGCAUGCCAGAAACUGUGCCGCGCAAACAAGCGAAGCCCCAUCCAUGGGAUGCAGGCACCAUGGAAAACUAGCCCCAUCCAGUCCGCAGAAAACCUAUUCCAUGGAACCAGUCCUUGGUGCCCAAAAGGUUGUGGGCCGCUGGUGUACAUGGCCAGUUGCCAUUUUAACUUGUUUGAUUUUUCAUGAUGGGCCUAAUUAAAUAAUAUAUAAUGAUCAGUAUAUGUUCACACAAUGUUCACAGAUAUGAAUGCCAGAUAUCUGUGAUAACAGGUAGGCAUUGGACAAAUCAUAUGUGGCAGGUUUAAAAAUAAAGUCAGAUUGUAAGUAUUAAUUUCAUAAAGCAGUGAUGGCGAACCUUUUUU